UCUAGGUAUCCGUUCUACAAUUUACUUUCAAGGACCGGACAAAGUCUCUUCCUUUAGAAAAAGCGAUCUCGUAAACGUCUACCGGCGAACAUGACUCUCUCAGAAGAUACCUCGUAUCAGAUCGUUGGUGCUCACCAGCACGAUGAACAGAGGGAUCCCGAGGCAAGACACCAGUGGGACAUCAACGAUAACAUACUGCCAACGCCCCCAGAAUUAGAAGAAUACAACGAAUGGCCAAACGGUCACUGUCGGGCUGUUUACACCGAGACGAGCGAGGAUGCGAGGCGUCACUGCAGUGGCUGGGCCAUGCGGAAUACCAACAACCACAACGUCAACAUCCUCAAGAAGUCAUGCCUUGGUGUCCUAGUCUGCAAUAUGGCCUGCGUCUCAGAGAAAGGAGAUAGGAUUCACCUCAGACCGGCAAUAUGCGACAAAGCAAGGAAGAAACAAAUUGGGAGACAGUGUUCGAAUCCACGGUGCCCCGGUAAACUUGAGCUCCAGCCCUGCCGCGGUCAUUGCGGCUACCCAGUCACCCAUUUCUGGCGACACACAAACGGGGCCAUCUAUUUCCAAGCUAAGGGGGUCCAUGAUCAUCCUUAUCCUGAAAUCAAGGCUUCAGCAGAAGCAAGACGACAUGCUACCUCAAGUAAAGAGAACAAAUUUAAGUUAUCUGAUGUUAAACGAACGUCACGUAAGCGAAUGUGGUUUGACCAGGACACACUCUCUCGACUCUACAAGGUACCCAAGUUAGAAAAAUCUGGUAAUGAUGUCAUCUGCUCGUGCCCUCCCUUCGAAUGCCUAUGCUCAAGUUACCAACUCCCACCCCAGAAUGGCCCCUUACCAAUGCCAGUGCCACAAGUGGUCGCGAGACAGAAACAACUGUACGAUGGAGAAUUCCAUUCUAUCAUUAAAGAGGAACCACGACUUCCAACACAGUUCGACUUCAAGCAGGAGCGCCAGUCACCGGAGCAUCACAUGCUGUUAGGAUUCGAACCGCCAGUGUCCGUUAUGAACAAUAUGUUCUUCAGUGAUAGAAAAGAUUCCAUUCCGAAUAGCCAACCAUCCUAUCCAACGACAUGUCAAACAGACUGCAUGUUUCUUGAGAGUUUGCCAGUCGAUGUGACGUCAGCCAAUCUGACGUCUGCCAAUACAAACAUGAUGCAUUGUGCUGAUUUAACACGUGAUCUUUCAAGCAGCCCAAGAGAUUUCGUGGAUGGCCCAAUGCCCGUCUCCAUAGCAGACAACACUGUUUCAAGUAUGACACAAGAGUUUUACAGCGCAAAGAUGUCAACAAACAUUUCACAUAUUGACAAUGCUGAACGAAAAAUAGACUCUCAGAAAACAUUUGGUAACCUGCUUUCCCAGAGUGAUGCAAGUGUUUUGGACUUAAACUUGCCUUCCAUCACAGCGUUCUUUAGUGAUGAGAAUAUACAUGCAGAUAAGCCUUUAGACGACAGCUUUCAUAAGGAAAAGCGGGCGGACAACCUCAGUUACGACUGCAUGGACCAGAAGACGCCGCAGCUAAGUCCGAUAUCAGAUCAUCGGGCAUCACCAAACAGCCAUCCAGGAUCUCCAGUCUCGCUCACAGAACUCAAACCCAUGAACAAUUCUGAAGCUAAAUUUACGAACAUUCACAAAUUUCAAUCAUCGUAUCAUAAUGACAUUGGACCUGUUCCCCAUGAUACUGUUGAUAGCUUCAACUUCCCCAGGCGUGCUUUCCAACCCUACGUCGCUGAUUGUUACGGUAUGCCGUAUCCAACGCCCAACUAUUAUGGCGAGCUGAAGCAGGAGUUAGUUAGACCCCACCCAGUCCCCAGUCUAAACAGCAAUCCCUACUAUGCCAAUCCAGAUCUCUACCCCAGUCCAGCGAACAGCAUUGCCCAAAGGCUACCAUCGAUUGUACCUCAAACGGCUAACAUCAACAUAAGUUUCGCAUAUCAGUAAACAUGAAAUCAUGUGUGUACUUGUAAAUUGAUGUUGGCUUCAGCGUCUUCUAGUGUAGUGCUUUCACACUCGGUUCUGAUAAAGCUUGUCCUCUGGUCAAAUUGACAGAAUGCGGCCAAAUAACUUGGAAUCGUUUUGUCAACCGGCUUUUGGUAGAGUUCACUACCCCUAGAGAGGAUAUAUAGUGGUACGCAGUUUGACUACCGACACCAGCCAAGGGAAUUGUCACCACUCCAUCACUUGUCUUUCAUUGAAGAGACGGAUGUGCUGGAGUCAGUAAAAACAAGCAAAAGCACAUAGAAAACAUUGAAGCCGACUCAUUUGCUUAUCCCUGUGAUUCCGUAUGAGGUGAUGUUCAUCUGUAUUGAUGAGCUUCAUGUAUUCAUCCCGACACACAAGGCUGCGGGAUCGUGCAGUCCUUUAACUGCCUGUUAUGAAGGAGGGACGGGACAGGACUUAUUGGGUUACAUGUAAGAUGCGAGUAAACCAAAUAAGAGUACUUACAUUGCUGAGGUCGGAGUAUCUCGGUGUUGGAUAGCCCGACUUGCAUACUUUGAUACGAAGAGCUCUUCCAAUCUUUGAAGUUGAUAGACAUGCAAUAUCUCUGAAGUCGGUUUGAAAUAAGACGUGCAAUAAUUUGUUUAACGAUUUCGCUUUAUAGAAAGUGGCAUAUGCUCUCUUUUCACUUUUAUAAUGGGAGUGGCGAGUAUUCAUUUCUUUCCUCAAUCCAGGGCGUUAGCCGGUCAUUGCCGAUGUUAAGUCCAAACGCCCAAACUGACCUAAAUAUAAGUGAAAUGUGAUUACGCUGAAGUAUUUCUGUCGAUAUUCUACAUGUAGCUAACAUUCCCACUCUGGAUCUCAAAUCACUAGAAUAAGACUAUUAUCAGGACUGUUGUAAACUUUAUGCAGUUGGCCAGGGCUAUCUUGCUGAUUUUGAGAGGAAAUUAAGGGUGUGAGUUAAUGUAAGUCACCACUGCUGAUUGGGGUAUGUUUUUGCCACUUUUACACGAAUAUACGAGGUUGAACUUAACAAUAACCUUGAAAUUACGGGGUUAUUUGAAGUCAUAUUUUCAAUUUAAGCAUUUAAGGUUAGAUCCGUUGAUGACCAGAUCAAUUGACUGGCCACGAAAUGGGUUCUUUUUUGUUAAGUAUUUAAAAGGGCAAGAUUGUCUGAAUUGUAAUAAACUGCCAGCUUUUCAGCAAUAUCGGAUUAAUAAAUAUCGUUUAAUGUUUUGUUUUUACGAGUCUGUGCGUAAUUGGUAGCAUGAAGGUGCUUAAAGAGCGAAGUAAAACAAGGCCAGUCUUUGAAACGGUGUACAAGUCAUCAAUACAUUACGACAUCCUAAAUAUCGUUUUUCCCAAUGAUAACAACGAGCUCUCAUUUCAAACAACUUGGAAAAAAUGCAGUUGGCAUAUUUGAAAAAUAGAUUGUGGGUGAUGGUGACCUUCAAAGGUAAAAUAUGAUGACCUUGUGUUGACCACCAUUUGUAUCAUUCUGACAAGGUCAAGGUCAGGUCCAUUGGUUGAUUUUUUUGUUACUGCCAAGAUUAAUCAUUUAUGUUCAGUACAAAUUCAGUUAAAAUAUGGAUCUUAUAUCUAAAGCUUUAAUAAUCUCCAAAAUGAUUUUAUGGACCACCAAGUUACCCUUCAUGCGGGCAGGUUGAUUUGAAUUGGAUGAUGGUCUUUGUAUUGAUGAAACAGAUAAACCCAAGAUGGCUGCUAUGCAUUUAUCUCUUCAGCUCAAUGUAUAUUAGUAUUCUUGAUGUAUUGUAAAUAUCUAUUUUUGUAUAUAUUUAUGACGGACCAGAAGGUCUUUUGAUCACUCAUCUAUGCAAGAUUUUUAUUGUAUUAUUUCAUGGCAUAUUGUACAUAAACUGCUGCAAAUUUUAUGGCUUUUUAUUUGAUGUUCUAUCAACCAGAUUUUACUGUGUGUCAAACGGAAAACUCCCCCAAGAAGGGGGAUUGUCUCAAAUUUGAUACAUUUUGAGUAUCCGUUUUGCUUUGAUCAAUUUUGUUUUAAAUUUUGCGACUUGUGUCUGCUAUUACAUGUAUAUACCACAGUUGUACUCUUUUUGCACCAAAUAUCUUUAAAACCUCAUUUUGUUUACAUUAGUUGUGCAUCACAUGAAUUCAAAUAAUUUUCAUUCAAUCUGACUAUCAUUCAAAGUUACACAAAUCUGUUUUGCUCAAUUCUGUCUCAAAUAGACUUUUGAUUACCGAUGGUCAUGUAACUCUUACAACAUUCUGUUAAUUUUGUGCAUCUAAUUGUAAAAUUAACUUUGUAAAAACAUAAUUAUACUA